GGAGUCAGGUCCUCCCAGAGCUGAGCGGAGGAGAAGAGUUGAAGUGCGGGGUACUAUGUCACAUCUUCCCGGAGAGCACCACUGAGCGGAGCCCCGGCUACCUCCCAUUCCCACGCAGCGCCUCUCCUCGGCACCCCGGACGGAUCCUCUCCGCACACCCGCCGUCAGGUGCGGCACCCAUCCGGGCAACACAAGCAGCCGGAGCAACGUGCAUGGAAGCCUGAGCUGGGCGGCGAGUGCGAGGCUGAGGGGCGGGGCCCAGACACUACACACACAGAACUCGUACAGACCAAGAUGUAUUGCUUAAUUGCUGUAAAGAAAGGCUGGGUCACCAACUUGGCUGUUGUCUAAUAAGGCUCUGUAAAUCUCAGGACUGAUUAGACAAAUGCAAAUCCCUUAACAGGGAUUCAUUCCCGUGACGCAUAGAUGCUACGAGUGACUUCAAGUUGAAUGACUGACCACCCUGAAGGGAAGAGGAGAGUUGCAGUCCUGAGGAUCAGCCAGGGCCAUUCAUGGCCGUCGCAUUUCCAUUCUUCUCUGACUCGGCUCUGACAGAACGGCACAUACAAGGUGUCAUGGAUGAACUCCAAAGCUUGGACCCCAGACGGCAGGAGUUGCUGGAGGCCAGAUUUACAGGAGGUGUCAGUGGCAGUACUGGAAGCACCGGAAGUUGUAGCGUUGGAGCAAAAGCCUCAACAAACAAUGAAAGCUCUAACCACAGCUUUGGGAGCCUGGGUUCUUUAAGCGACAAAGAGUCAGAGACUCCAGAAAAGAAACAGCCAGACUCUUCACGGGGGCGGAAGAGGAAAGCAGAGAAUCAGAGUGAAAGCAGUCAAGGAAAGAACAUUGGAGGCAGAGGACACAAGAUUAGUGACUACUUUGAUGUAAGUUUGAAUGAUGGGUACCAAGGUGGGAAUGGCUCCAGUCCUGUAAGAGGUCUACCUCCUUCAAUACGGUCUCCACAGAACUCUCACUCACAUUCCACCCCUUCAUCUUCUGUUCGACAGAAUAGUCCUUCUCCUACUGCAUUAGCAUUUGCGGACCAUCUUCUAACACCUACAAAACAAUUAUCAUAUAAACUAAUACAAACGGAUCUUACAAUGAUGAAACUUGCUGCAUUAGAAAGUAAUAAAAAUCAGGAUCUGGAGAAAAAAGAAGGCAGAAUAGAUGAUUUGCUCAGGACGAACUGUGACCUUAGGCGACAAAUAGACGAACAGCAAAAAAUCCUUGAAAAAUACAAAGAGCGAUUAAAUAAAUGUAUUUCCAUGAGCAAGAAACUUCUUAUUGAAAAGAGCACUCAGGAGAAAUUGGCGAGCAGAGAGAAGAGCAUGCAGGACAGAUUGCGGCUAGGACACUUCACGACUGUCCGACAUGGGGCCUCCUUUACAGAACAGUGGACAGAUGGAUUCGCUUUUCAGAAUCUUGUCAAGCAGCAGGAAUGGGUGAAUCAGCAGAGAGAAGAUAUUGAACGACAAAGAAAACUACUAGCGAAGCGAAAACCUCCUUCUACCAACAACGCUCAGACCCCAUCCGCCAUCUCUGAACCAAAGCAGAGGAAAAAUAAAGCUGUAAAUGGGGCAGAGAAUGACCCUUUUUUAAAACCUACUUUACCCCAAUUGUUAACGUUAGCUGAAUACCACGAGCAGGAAGAGAUUUUUAAACUCCGACUCGGGCAUUUGAAAAAGGAGGAAGCAGAGAUCCAGGCAGAACUUGAACGUUUGGAAAGGGUGCGAAAUCUGCACAUACGAGAACUGAAACGAAUUAACAAUGAGGACAACUCACAAUUUAAAGAUCACCCUACAUUGAACGAGAGAUAUUUAUUACUUCAUUUACUUGGUCGAGGUGGUUUUAGUGAAGUGUACAAGGCUUUUGAUCUUUAUGAACAAAGAUAUGCUGCUGUGAAAAUUCACCAACUUAACAAGAGCUGGAGAGACGAGAAGAAGGAAAAUUACCACAAGCAUGCCUGCAGAGAGUACAGAAUACACAAAGAGCUCGAUCACCCAAGAAUAGUGAAACUUUAUGAUUACUUUUCCUUGGAUACAGACACGUUCUGUACGGUGCUGGAAUACUGUGAAGGAAAUGAUCUGGACUUCUAUCUGAAACAACACAAAUUGAUGUCUGAAAAAGAAGCCAGGUCUAUUGUAAUGCAAAUAGUCAAUGCACUACGUUAUCUCAAUGAGAUCAAGCCGCCCAUCAUUCAUUAUGAUCUAAAGCCAGGUAAUAUUCUUCUUGUCGAUGGUACAGCAUGUGGUGAGAUUAAAAUCACAGACUUUGGGUUGUCUAAAAUAAUGGAUGAUGACAGCUAUGGUGUGGAUGGAAUGGACCUGACCUCACAAGGAGCUGGAACAUACUGGUACCUUCCCCCAGAAUGCUUUGUAGUGGGCAAAGAGCCACCAAAGAUUUCCAAUAAAGUAGAUGUGUGGUCAGUAGGAGUCAUCUUUUUUCAGUGUCUCUAUGGUAGGAAGCCAUUUGGCCACAAUCAGUCACAACAAGACAUAUUACAAGAAAAUACCAUACUGAAAGCUACAGAUGUUCAGUUUCCUGUGAAGCCUGUUUCAAGCAAUGAAGCCAAGGCAUUUAUUAGGCGGUGUUUAGCUUACCGCAAAGAGGACAGAUUUGAUGUUCACCAGCUGGCGAAUGAUGCCUAUCUUCUCCCACAUAUGAGGAGAUCCAACUCUUCAGGAAACCUGCACAUGUCAGGGCUAGUGGCCUCUCCCAUCACACCUACGUCAAGCAUCAUUUCAUACUGAUACUCGGAUCUCGGCUGGCAUGAAUCCUCCUACACUAGCUUUCAGGUGCAAGUUUUAGUUUGAAGCCGAAGCAAAGAUUUUGAGGAUUUUUAUUUUAUUUUCCCCAUGACAAAGGAUAUGUUUGAAGACAUUUGUGUGUUUUGGGGGAUGUAUCUUCUUAGUGUUAUUUGUAUGAUGAGCGAAGACAAGACUGUGAAGACCUCUAUCCUCUGACUGUAAUGUUUGACCUUGGCCUCGGUGUGCUAUAAAGCCAUUUUCAAGCUACUGGGAAUAACCUGGACUCCUGUCUCCUGAUCCCUCGUAAUAUUAUAGGUUAGGGGCCUACGUCAAGACGCACGUGAGCUUGAGUUCGAAAACCAGGUUUGAUUGCUGUUCAACAUGGAGAUUUUUUUUUUUGAUUUUUGAUUUUUUUUUUUUUUUUCCCGUUAGAGGGGACUUUGUAAAUAUUCUUUGUAAUACUAAAACACAAUUGGUUGAUACUGGAGAGUUUUAGCAAGAAGGGUAUUUUUCAUUAUUUACUUAAGGAAAAUGAAAUUUAAGAUUAAAAUAAAACUUGCAUAAGGGAAACACUUGCUGCCCAAUCUCAGACGACUGUCACUGAAAGAGAGGGGUAGUCACAAUAUUAUUUUUAUCUGUAUUUUCUUUUCACUUUGGGCCACGUUUUAUAUCCAGCUUCUGAAGGGAAAUGUGAAGGUGUUUCCUAUAGCUACUAAGUUCGAUCGGGUACUUGUUUCUAAUGGAGUACAGAGAGAAUGUGAUCGGUUGCUAGAGGCUACACCUCCAUGUUGCUUUCAGACACUACACACGAGGACCUGUCACUUUGUUUUAUUUUCCGGUGUAAAGUUUUUUGAGUUGCACACUCGUUUUCAGGAUUUUGGGUCUCUAUUAAUCAUUCCACCUAAUUGUUUGUCCCCCUUUUUUUUUAUGAAUCCUUGCACACAUACCACAUCCAGUAAGGUACCAAAAGCUCUCAAAACGUUAUGAAUAGUUUUCUAUGCAGGAUAAUGAGAAAUUCCCUUCUGUCGCUGGUGUAUAUUGUUGUACAGAUGUCAUUUUCAGUUAUACAUGUGUUUUCAGCAGCUUUUUCCCCUUGUACAAAUGUUUGAAAGUAUCUUUUUUCCCCCCCCCCCCUAUUUUAUUAUUUUGUCUCCUUGAUGGCGCUAUCAUUUGCUGCUAAAAUAACUUCUCAUUUUGCAAAUCGAUAAAUUGCUUCUGAAAAAGGAGCAAAUCAAACUGCUUUAUGGUCCUGGACUCUUCAUUAACAAGCAUGUGUAACUCAUCAUAGACAGUACAGUGAGCCUGUUCCUGGUAUCUUACAUUGGCAUGUUGAUGACAUAAUAAGGAGGUUUUUGUUCAGUCAUUUUACCUGUUGGGAAGCUCCUCAAUGCAGGAGGCUGUCAGUGUAAAAAUACUUUGAAUUCCUUCUGCUGGCUUAAAAUGGUGUUAGAUCACAACCUACAUGAUUAUUAUUAUUAUUAUUUUUUUUUUACUUUCUAAUAAUCUAGUAUGCUAGAACUGAUUUUUACAGACCGCUGUACUUCUUUACUGCACAACCAUGAGGCGGCACUUGGCUGACAGAACCGAGAAGCUGUUUCGCCGUGUUUUAAUAGCUCGACAACCUCUGCAGCAUCCACUAGCAUUUAUAAUGUUUUAAAGGCAAUUGUGUAAUUUUGUUCAUGUUACAGAAAAAAAGAGGCUGUAUUAAGGCAGAUAACCAUUUAAUAUUGUACAGUUGACUGUGGCUCUCGUUUCCAAUGUUGCGAUUUUCAUUUUUCAUUGUACAUAAAUAUACAUUAACUGUCUCUUUAAGAUGCUGCUGAAAUGUAGAGAAUGUAGCCAAACAGUAAUAAAUAAUGAAAAUUUAAAUUUAAA